AUUAUAUUACAAUCAUAAAUUUAAAGUAAUUAUCUUAAUUAAUAAUAAUUAACGCCGAAUCUAGACAGGCAGACAAAGCCCACCACCCCAAGCAACCCAGCAGCAACAGCCACACAGAUACAGCUAGAGCUGCCUGUUCCUCUCACCUGUUUUAUUUUGUUCUUGUUAUUGGGGGAUGAGAUGAAAAAUAAGUUUGGGAAGAGCUUUUUCUCUGACAAAAUUUCUCUUGUUUUCAGCUUAUAUUGCAGUUUUUAGUGAGAGACAAAGCCAAGAUCAGGAUACCCUUCUGUCUUAACACUAGAAAGCAUUCAUCAUGGUGGGUAUUUUCUCGAGGUUUUCUGUGGGUAGAACCGGCCAUCGGCGAACUCAGAGUGCUCUUGACGAAAGAGAAGUUUUGCCUCCAACUCCAGACGUUGCAGGUGAAUCCACUGUAACUAUGGCUGCUGCUCAUGGGAUUGAAGUGGUAGUGGAAUUUAAGCCAGUUGAACACCCAGUUGAACCUAUGGACAAUGAUCAACCCAUUCAGUGUCCUCUACCUGAACCCUCAAUUCUCAAUGAUGGAAGAAUAUGGAAGGAACGAGUCUCGACAGGCAUAAGAAGGAGAGCUGACUUGCCAGUUAUGAAAGAAGGAGGGGUCCUUGAAUCAGAAGAUGUUGGGACAAAGCCUCGCCCAAUGCAACCUAAUCGGUCAAUUCUACCAUCUCUGAGUGCUCCUGAACAUAAUUUGCUGCAUCUACUGGAAGAGUCUGGAAUAUAAAGCCUGGUAUUGAUCCCUAGUGGAAUACAUCUUGCAUAAUUUCCAUAUAUAUUUAAUUUGUGCUUAUUUUUUGGGCAUAUUACAUGAUUUACCCUUUGCAUAUACUUUGUUGGAUUCAUAUAUAUACAUCUAAAUGAGUCAUCGUAAAUGUAUGCAUAUUUAAUAAAUUUAGUAUGAAUAUUUCACUUCAUACUUAGCUUUUCAACUUCUCAAUAAUUUUGUGAUGCAACUCUGUAACCCUGAUGUUAAUAUUCUGAGAAAAGCAAUCCAGGUUCGGAUAGAUUUCAGAUUUCA